UUAAUCUGAAUUUCUUCAUGGAUUUCUCUUCUUAUCUACCAGCAAUCUUUGGGAGCUUUAUAGGAUUAUUAAUAGCUUACUACAUAUGGCGACAGAGGCAUAAGCACGACGAGGGUAAAUUGCUAGCCCCGGAAGUGUCGGGAUCUUUGCUGAUCAUAGGCCACCUUCACCUGCUCGGUGCUCAACCGACCCUUGCUCGAACCCUUGCGUCUAUGGCGGAUAAGUACGGGCCUGUUUUCAUGCUCCGAUUCGGCCUAUUCCCAACCCUCAUCGUCGGCAAUCACGAAGCUGUUAAAGAGUGUUUGACCACAAACGACCGUGCCUUAGCCACUCGUCCACCAACGUAUGCUGGCAAAUACAUGGCGUACGAUCAUGCCGGCUUUGGGUUUGCUCCUUACGGACCAUUUUGGCGUGAGAUGCGUAAGUUCACCAUGGUUGAACUUCUCUCCACACACAAGUUAGCAAAGUCAACCCAUGUUAGGGACUGGGAGGUGAAGGCAUUAAUGAAGGAUUUGUACACUUUUUUCAAUAAACCAAACCAGACGAUCUCCAUGGAUGAAAAGCUUGAGGUUUUCACCUUGAACAUGGUCCUAGGAUUAGUUGCAGGUAAGAGAUAUUUCUCGAAUGCGGAGGGUGUUGAUGAUAAGGAAGCACAUCGUGUCAUGAAGAUUUACAAGCAAUUCUCGUACCUGAUGGGGGUUAAGGCGAUUUCGGAAGUGGUUCCGUUUCUGAAAUGGACGGAUAAGUGGAGCUGGCAAGUGAAAGCCAUGAAGCGUGCUUCCCAAGAGAUGAACCAUCUUGUUGAAAGUUGGGUGGAUGAACAUAUAGCCAAAGGGAUUGGAAAUGGAUCAAACCAACACCAAGAUUUCAUUGACGUCAUGCUAUCUGCGAUUGACGAUGAGAUGGUUUUCGGCCAUACACGCGACAAGGUUAUCAAGGCAACAACAACGACUCUAAUCUCAGCGGGGAGUGACACCACAUCCGUUUCAAUGACAUGGAUUUUAGCCAACUUGAUGAACAACAAACAUGCCUUGGAGCGAGCACAAGAAGAGCUAGACCUCAAAAUAGGGAGAGAACGAUGGGUGCAAGAAUCUGAUAUGGAGAAAUUAGUAUAUCUCAAGGCCAUCGUUAAGGAAACAUUUCGGCUGCAUCCAGCAGCCCCUAUAUUAGUUCCUCACGAGGCAAUGGAAGACUGUCGUGUGAGUGGCUACCACAUCCCUAAGGGCACUCGUCUAAUCGUUAACAUAUGGAAGUUGCACCGUGACCCUCGAGUUUGGUCGAACCCGGAGGAGUUCCAGCCCGAAAGAUUUCUCACUACACAUGAAAAAGUGGACAUCUGGGGCCAAUUUUUUGAGCUGAUUCCAUUUGGUUCCGGUCGACGGUCGUGCCCCGGGAUUACUUUGGCAUUGCAAGUCAUACACUUGACGAUUGCUAGCCUGCUUCAGGGAUUCGACUUAAACACACCUUUGAAUGCGCCGGUGGAUAUGAGUGAAGGAACAUCCUUUAACUUGCCCAAGAGUACACCUCUUGAACUUGUCCUUACUCCUCGCCUUCCUUCUCAUCUUUAUCAAAUCUAAAUGUAGCACUUCUAAAGCAACGAGUAAUGUAAAAUUUGGAUAAACAUGGCCGCUUCAGUUUGUCUCCCCUGUUUUUUCUUUUUCAUUAUAUAUAUAUAUUAGUUUGAACGA